ACAUCCCAGCCUGGUGAUGAUGUAGUCUAGUAGUCUGACUGUGCCGCCAUUUCUAACAGCAAAGGAGCCACAAGAAGCUGCAGGAAAUUUUGUACAAUUUUUUUUAUAUUUUUCUAAUAAAUAUUUUUUAUUUUUAUUAGCUUAGUAGGAAAAAAUUGUAGUGUACUUGUUUGAAUCUACCUCUCCUGCAUCACCAACUGAAUGUAAGGCAUGCACAGUCUGUCACACCCAGCCAUGCAGCCAUGCAGCAAUGCAGAGAAUGCAACACUGAGGUUUCUUGUUUCCAACAUCUGCUGAGUAUCAUGAUAACGCCAGUGUAAAACAUAUCAAAUGGAUGCAGACACAGAAGAAAGGGUGACAGAAACUUCAAAAAUUUCCAAGGAUCAAUCUCAGAAACCCUUAAUGGACAACAAAUUUAGUGGUCGUGGGUUUAAAAGCCGUGGUCCUGGUGGUCCUGGUGGUCGAUGGGGUCGAGGGGGUCAGAUGGGUCGAGGGGGUCAGAUGAAUCGAGGGGGUCGGAUGAGUCGAGGCAGCAUGCGUGGUGGGCGGGGCAUGAUGAAAGGGUUUGAUCCACCUGGAUACGGGAGGGGUCGAGCGAGAGAUGGAGCCAUGAACGGAUUUGCACCCAUGAGAGGAAUGAGGAGGAUGAGACCUUACCCAGACCCAAGAGGUCAUCGAGGUAGGGGGGGACCAAUGGGCAUGCGUGGACCAAUGGGCAUGGGCCCUCCUCCUCCUCCACCACCUCCCAUGCACCUCAGAGGACCCUACCCACCCAUGCACAGGCACGGACCCCGUCCACCGCCUCCUUCAGGUCAUCCUGGUUUCAGAGGGCGUCCACCACACCCUCGAGGCCGUGGCAUGCUGCCCCCUGGACCUCCACGCCACUUCCACUCCCGUGGCCCAAGAGGCUACCACAAUGGACCGGUCUCUCCUCCGCCUCACCACCCACCUGGCAGAGGCCAGAGGUGGCCAGGGCCCCCUGGUGGCCGACGCUUUUAACACAGCCUGGUCUAAAAAACAAUAACCAAACACUUGUUAAUGUAGAAGGGGCCUAAAGUGCUGCAGUAAAUGAAAUGCCCCUCAAUUAUGUGUUCCACAAAGUCUCUGAGUAUCUUCAUAACAUACUCUGUGGCCAAAUGUCUGCUUAUUGAUAUUGUCUCUUGGCAAAGAAAUAAUGUGAAAAUGACUAAACGUAAAAAUGCCUCGCAACUUUAACAAUGUAAAGGCAUUCUGUUAUCUUUGUUAAAGAUAUACUGUUGGUACCGUAGGAACUAUUUGACAUUGUUGAGAAAAGGCUGUUCUAUAGAAACCACUUUGAAGCUGCUGUGCUCAAAGGGAGGAAAAGUCAUGUCAAAGUUCAUUAAAUGUUCUGUGGUGGUUCUUGUUACAGUCACCCUGUGAGCCUUAAGACGUUUUCCUGAUCCGUAAUAAAGAAUAACAAAUGGGUGACACUGUAUAUCUGAAGGUGGGGGAAUAAAAAAUAAAUGAAACAGCCCUCGAGCACCACUGUUAACUAGCUUAGUACACCAUGGACCUCUCUAACCUUUCCUUCUGUUACAUGGAAAUAGUUAUGUAUUAUAACCUCACCAAGCAGUGCAGUAAAUAUUGUUUCACACUUACACAUUUUUCAAAGACAAUAUUCCACUUGUCAAGUAUUCAUGAGUAUUUAAUUUUAUAUUUUUUAUCGUUAAUGUGCAGUUAUUUUAAGUUACCAGUAUUGCUGUUUGGAACAUUCAUGUUUGUCUUCAGCAAUGUAAUGACAAAGUGGGAAAAGGCAUUAUAAAUGAAUAGUAUAUAAUUGAAAUAUAUAUCUAGUAGAUUUUUUAUAAAGCAAAUUCCACUAGUAUUUGCUUCAGUUACAGACAACAAGUUACUCUUUACUGUGUCUAGUUUUUUGAAGUGUUAUAAAUACUCUAUUCACUGUAAUUAACAUAACUUUGGUGAACCUGUGAAUGUGUUUGAUGAAAACCCUCAAGACAUAUGACAUAGUCGUGGAGAAAAAAAAAAAUAAAACUAAAAAAAUAAA